UACAACACACUCAAACAGCCAUAUGUUCUCCAGUCUAACUCCAGGAGUGGAGUAUUGCUUCCAUGUUUCCACACAGCUGAAGAAUGGAACUCUAAGCAAGUCUGUCAUGACCUCUGCACACACAAAGCCCAACCCUCCAGAAAAGAUGCACGUUUCUCAGGUCACUAAUGACUCCCUCUCUUUGAGCUGGGACACACCAGCUGGUGAAGUGUGGGGUUAUAUCAUAAGCUGUUCCUGUGAUGGGAAGACUGCUCAAGAGCUGACAACACAGUCAAACAACUAUACCCUCUCCGCCUUGACACCAGGAGUGGAGUAUUGUUUCCAUGUUUCCACACAGCUGAAGAACGGAAUCCUGAGCAAGUCUGCCGUGACCUCUGCACACACAGAGCUCAGCCCUCCAGAAAAGAUACAAGUUUCUCAGGUCACUAGUGAUGCAGUCACUUUGAACUGGGACACACCAGCUGGUGAAGUGGGGCAAUACAUCCUGAGCUGUUCUUGUGAUGGGAAGACUGUCCAAGAGAUGACAACACAUUCAAACAGCCAUACGUUCUUCGGCCUGACACCAGGAGUGGAAUAUUGUUUCCAUGUUUUCACACAGCUGAAGAACGGAAUCCAAAGCAAGUCUGUCGUGACCUCUGCACACACAAACCCUAACCCUCCAGAAAAGAUAAAAGUUUCCUUGGUCACCAGUGACUCAGUCUGUUUGAGCUGGGACACACCAGCUGGUGAAGUGUGGGGUUACAGCGUGAGCUGUUCCUGUGAUGGCAAGACUGUCGAAGAGAUAACAACACACUCAAACAGCCACACGUUCUUGAGCCUGACACCAGGAGUGGAGUAUUUCUUCCAUAUUUCUGCAGAACUGAAGAACGGCAUCCUAAGCAAGUCUGUUGUGACCUCUGCACACACAAAGCCCCCCUCUCCAGAAAAGAUAGAAGUUUCUCAAGUCACUAGUAACUCAGUUUCUUUGAGUUGGGAUAUAACAGCUUGUGAAUUGGGGAUUUACAAUGUGAGCUGUUCCUGUGAUGGGAAGACUGUCCAAGAGAUGACAACACACUCAAACACCCAUACUUUCUCCAGCCUGACACCAGGAGUUGAGUAUUGCUUCCAUGUUUCCACACAGCUGGAGAAUGGAAUCCUAAGCAAGUCUGUUAUGACCUCUGUACACACAAAGCCCAACCCUCCAGACAAGAUACAAGUUUCUCAGGUCACUAGUGACUCAGUCUCUUUGAGUUGGGACACACCGGCCGGUGAAGUGGGGGGUUACAGGGUGAGCUGUUCCUGUGAUGGGGAGACUCUCCAAGAAAUGACAACACAUUCAAACAGCCAUAUGUUCUCGAGUCUGGCACCAGGAGUGGAGUAUUGCUUCCAUGUUUCCACACAGCUGCAAAAUGGAUUCCAAAGCAAGUCUGUUGUGACAUCUGCACACACAAAGCCCAUCUCUCCUGAAAAGAUACAAGUCUCUCACGUCACUAGUAACUCGGUCUCUUUGAGUUGGGACAUACCAGCUGGUGAAGUGGGGAGUUACACCGUGAGGUGUUCUUGCGAUGGGAAGACUGUCCAAGAGAUGACAACACACUCAAACAGCCAUACUUUUUCCAGCCUGACAUCAGGAGUGGAGUAUUGCUUCCAUGUUUCCACACAGCUGAAGAAUGGAAUGCAAAGCAAGUCGGUUGUGACCUCUGUGCACACAGAGCCCAACCCUCCACAAAAUAUACAACUUUCCGAGAUCACAAGAGACUCAGUCUCUUUGAGUUGGGACACACCAGCUGGUGAAGUGGGGAGUUACAGGGUGAGCUGUUCCUGUGAAGGGAAAACCGUUCAAGAGACGAUAACACACUCAAACAGCCAUAUGUUUUCCAACCUGACCCUAGGAGUGGAGUAUUGCUUCCAUGUUUUCACACAGCUGAAGAACGGAAUCCUAAGCAAAGCUGUUGUGACUGCUAUGCACACAAAUACUCACUUGGAGAGUCUGCUGGAAGAUCUUGGUUUGCAGCAGCACUACCCAGGGAAGCUAUCACUGAGCGAUGUUCUUAAGAUUGAGGAGAAAACCAUCACUGAUGAAUCUGCUGUGUGUCGUUCAGAUCUUCCAUGGUGUUUUCUCAAGAGAUUAAUGAUGGUUAAUGUAACAGCUAUGAAUGUGAAAUGUACAGUGGUAUCUGAGGAAAACUGUGAAGUUUUCAGUCAGAGUACAGAUUUAGAGUUUGAUGACAUGGUCAAGAAUCCAAAUCCCUGUGAUAAGAUGAACCCUUUAGACAUUGUUACCGCCCUCUUCCUGUGCUCAAAUGGUAUUCUACAGCAGGAAAUAGCACUGAAAAUGUCCAUGUGUCAAUUUUCAGUACCUUUGCUGCUUCCUAAUAGUGACACUCAUCAAUGCACACUCAUGCUUUGGGCAAUGAGAGACAUUGUGAAAAAGUACAGACCUCUUUCGCUUUUAGAAAACAAAGGGUUUACUGAGGAAAGGAUUGUUUCAUCUGAAUUCCCAAUGGUCUCUUUUGUGAGAUUGGGUGAAUGCUCCUUGUCCAAAUCAGAAAUAUUAAAUAAGCUUCUCAGUAAUUCCCAACAGUAUCAUGACACAUUUGUUCACCGUGACAUGGAAUGUGGUGAUAGUCCAAAGAAAAUAUCUGAUGGACUAGUUGAAAUUAGCUGGUAUCUCCCCUGUGGGAACAAAAACAUUGACGUUUUUACUGAGCCCAUAGCUGUAGCUAACCUCAGAGGAGACAUUGCUUCACUUGAAAAACAGUACUCAUUUUUGUGCCAGGCAUCUGCAGCAGUUUUUGUGUUUCUUGAUAGUAUACACUAUAAGUAUAUGCUGACAGGCCAGCACAACAAGGGAAAUAUUUUCCUGGUUUGCAAUGUCAAGAGCAAGAGUUUUAGUUUUGAGGCUCUAAAGAAAGUAGCAGCUGAGUUGAACUUAAAGAAAAGCAAUGUAAUUUUGAAAAACAAUCUGAUGAAUGAUGCAGACUUUGUCAAAAACCUACGAAAUAUAGUCAGGGAUGUAGUCAAUAACACAGAGACCAAGAUGCAAGUGGAGCAGAUGGCUAAUAUUGCCUAUGAACUUAACAUUUUGGUUGAUGAGGAUUCCCCAGAGUGUAAGAAGGCUAAGCAAAAUGCAGAUGCCAUCACAGGAGAAAUCCAAGACAUCCUGAAAUACAAAAACGACCAGCUUCCCUUGCAGGGUACGAUAUGGAAAGAAUUGACUCUCUUAGAGAAAGAGGAAUGCAGGCUUAAAAAAGCUGGGGAUCAACACAUAGAAACGUACAAAAGCAAUCUUCUGGAAGAGAAGCGAAAACUGUGGCAACGGCAGAAUGACUAUGACAUAUCAAACGCAAUGACCUGUUUCAUUCAGGCAAUUUCAAGCCCAGGGUUAGAGAGGUCUUAUUUCCUGAAGUGGAUGCGAAUAAACCUUGAUAACCUUUCUAGGGAAAAGCUUUGUGGCCUCAGGGAGCAGUACAAACAGAAAUGUCUGAACUCUGAAAACAAAGAGGAAAUUAAAGACCUUGACCUACAACUGUCUAACAGCUCCCUUGGGAUCGAACACUUUUUGCGGGAGAUGGGUCAGCUCUAUGAGUGUGCAGCCUCCCUUCCAGAAACUGAAGCAUCACGUCAACAGCUACAGCAUCUGCCAAGACUAUGUGCAGAAUUGCUCCUUGAUGGAUUUCCUGUGGAGCUUGUAGAUGGUGAUGCAUCCAACAUACCUAUGAGAUGGGUGGCUGAUGUUCUCUUUCAGCUGAGUGACAUUGUAAAUCCAAAGAAUAAGAUCCUGGUCAUCACAGUUCUUGGCGUUCAGAGCACAGGAAAAUCCACUCUUCUUAACACCAUGUUUGGAGUGCAGUUUGCAGUCAGCAGUGGCAGAUGCACAAGAGGUGCUUUUAUGCUGCUAAUCAAAGUUGAGGAAGAUUUCAAAAAAGUAAUGAACUGUGACUUCUUAAUGAUCAUUGACACCGAGGGCCUAAAGUCACCAGAGCUUGCGCAGCUAGAUGAUAGCUAUGAGCACGACCAUGAGCUCGCAACACUUGUUGUAGGGUUGAGUGAUAUCACAAUAAUUAACAUUGCAAUGGAGAACCUGACAGAAAUGAAGGACAUCCUACAAAUUGUAGUCCAUGCUUUUCUCAGGAUGAAAGAAGUGGGAAAAAAACCCAAAUGUCAGUUUGUUCACCAGAAUGUGUCGGAUGUGUCAGCCCAUGACAAGAACGUAAGGGACAGGAAGCUACUAUUGCAGCAGUUGGAUGAGAUGACUCAGGCAGCAGCCAGAAUGGAAAAGAAAGAGGAGAACAAGAACUUCAGUGAUGUGAUGGAAUAUAAUCCAGACACUGGAAACGCAUACAUCCCUGGACUCUGGCAUGGCAACCCACCAAUGGCACCAGUUAAUGCAGGCUACAGUGAGGCUGUUUAUGAGCUCAAGAAAAACAUAAUUAAGAUUUUGGGAGAACAUGAGUCAUCUGCCAAUGAAGUCUUGGACUUUCUGGAGUGGACAAAAAGCCUAUGGGCUGCUGUGAAACAUGAAAACUUCAUCUUCAGCUUCAGGAACAGCCUGGUGGCUGAUGCCUACAUGAUGCUGUGCUCAGAAUUCCACAAAUGGGAAUGGGAAUUCAAAAAACACAUGUAUGCUUGGGUAACAACAGCUGAAAUAAGUAUUGCAAACUUUGAUACAAAGGCUGCAAACUCUGGGGAGUCUGACAUGGGAGAUUUUCUCAGUCGUUUAAAGAGUGAUGCUUUGUCAGAGCUGUCUAAAGAGGAAACCGUUAUUCUUGAAAAUCUGACUCAGUAUUUUAAACAAAGUGAAUGCAAUGUCCAUCUAGUGGAACGUUACAAAGAAGACUUCUCAAACAGUGCAAAAAGUCUUCGAAGACGAUUGGAGAGCUCUGUGCUUAGUCAAGUGGAAGCUGCAGCUGAAAUCAGACUGGGAAUGGUUAAACUUUACAAAAUCAGAGAGGACCAUACAAGCACUUUAGAAGUGAAAGUUCUUCAAUUGAUUGAUGAAUGCCGUAAGAACAAGGCUGGCAUGACAGACAAAAAACUAGACAAAGAAUUUGACAGGAUGUGGAAAAAAACUGUGACAGAAUUAUCCCUCACAGGCUUAAAGACCAAUGACAUAUUUGCUCUGGUCGAAAUCCAACUAAGAAGAAAUUUAUUUCAAAAAGGGAGUUAUGCCAACGAAUUAUUAAAUCAAACAAGCCUGCAUGAAUGUGGGAAAGAGCCUUUCAUAUUCACACCUGAUGGAAUUUUUCGAAGAGUCUUUUCGUUUCUUAACAACCAAGCUGUCCAAAAAAUGGCUGACAGCAUCAUAACAGUUUGCAAAGCGGCUGUGUCUGGGAUUGUGCAAAGAAAAAACAAUUUCCAUGACAAUAACAUCCUGGAGAUCCUACACCUGAUCGAUGAGAGGCUGAAUAACAAUAAGCAUUUGAAGUUUAAUAUUGACUUUGAAGUUUCUCUGAAACUACACAUUUGCGGAAUGGCAGCUCCAGAUUUUCAGAAAAUGCAUGAUGACUUCAUAAAACAAAAUGAUCCUCUCAAAUGUCUCAGUCAACACAAAGAUAAGUAUCGCGCUGAUUUUAAUGAUCUGUUUCACCAACGUGAUCAGUGUCAAAAGAAAGCAGAGGAAUUCACAAAAAGCUGUCUGAAGCCUGCAGUGGAGGCUUAUGUUUGUAGUUCCUUGGGCCCUGAUAUUGUUGAUGAAAUGCUGACAGGCAACAAUUCAGCUCAGUUUAGCACACGCAUGUUUUUCCAGUACUCCAUUCUGAAGGAUUUGCUCUCAGAGUUAAAAUUUGAGCAUUAUUUGAGCUACAUUUGUUCGUAUGAAGAUUUUGUAAAGGAAUGGAUAUUUGAACAAAUUGUGAAAAAGUUCUCAAGUGGAUCGAAGAUGUGUGAGCUGGAGCAUCGCAGUCUAAAAAAAAGCAUUGAUAAUAUUACAGAGGCUAUCAAAAAUGUUCAGUUGGGCAAGAGCAGCAACUUGGUAGAAUUUGUUAAUGAAAUUCGCAUCGAACUUGGAAGCAAACUGGUCAUUCCACAGGAUGCAUUUGAAGCUUUCAUGAUCUUGAACAAUGCCAACCAUGAACAGUUUGCUCAUUAUCUCGUGGUAUUUGUGGAAGAAAUGAAAGAAGGUCUUCAUGAGUCAUUCAAACAAAGAGUCAUCCGAGAAAAACUUGAAAAUCUUAGUAUGAAUCCCCAGAAUGAGCUCUUCACAAAGCUGAUUGGAUGUGGAAAACAGUGUCCAUUCUGCAAAGCCCCUUGUGAGGCAGGAGGAGAAGCCCAUACUGAACACUGGGCUUCGAUACAUAGACCACAGGGCCUCGGUCAGUACACGUGGGAGGACUCGAAGAAAUUGGUCACUGAUAUAUGUUCCUCUGCUGUAAACAGUGAGAUGAAAUUUCGCUGCCAUGCUACAAAUGAUCAGUGGCACCCUUAUAAGAAAUACAGAGAUUUUUUCCCUGACUGGAACAUUCCUCCAGAUUCAAGCAUUGAGGCAUCAGACUACUGGAAAUACGUGAUGACAAAGUUCAACAACGACUUUGCCCAAAACUAUGAUGCAAAGCCUGCUGACAUCCCUCCAGUUUGGCAAAGUAUUAAAAGUGAUAGUGCAGAUAAAAGUCUCAAAGUGUCAUUUAGCAUCAAGUGACAGCCACAAUCUACGGUAGACAGUUUAUCUUAAUAACAGUCCAAAAUAGAAAGGUAUUGAAAAUGGUUCUUUCCUUUACAUUCUAACAGCGGGAUUGUGACCUUCAUGGUUAGAAUUUCCAAAGGUAGCCUGUUCUGCUGACAAUGAUUGGAAAUUUGAAUAACAUUUCUCUCUGAAGAAUCUGCAUUAUUUAUCUUCUGUUUUACUCUUAAAUACCUUUUCUAUCCUAGGAAUGAAUAAGUGUAAGUGCUAUUAUUUCUUUUGAAUAUAAUAAUAUAAUUAAUCAUGUAUCACAUUGAUUUAGGGUGGCAUGGCUCAGGAGGUAGAGUGGGUUGUCUAGUAAUCGGAAGGUCGUUGGUUUGAUUCCCGGGUCCUCCAGAGAGUAUGUUGAAGUGUCCUUGAGCAUGUCACUAAACCCCUCACUGCUCUUGAUGAGAAGAUUGGUGUCUUGCAUGGCAGCCUCCACCAUCAUGUAUGAAUGUGUGUGCGAAUGUGAGGCAUACACUUUAAAGCAAAUGCUAUAUAAAUGCAGUCCAUUUGCCAUUUAUUGUGGUUGCUUUGUAGCAAGGUUGCAUUCGAUAUUUGAAGAGGUGUUUUGAAAACUAAAGGAGGUGGUCAGACAUACUCGUCUACUCAAAUGUAAUUCUGUCAAUCUUAAAUGUUUGUUAUUUAAUGAAAUAUGAGAGCGCUUGACAUGCCUUUCUGCAUUUUGACGUAGGUGGUUAAGAGUACAGAGAGACAGAAAAUAUGGUUUCUAAAGACGUGAGAUGAUGCAGGACAAAUGUGUAGGGUUAAAUUUUCUCCCAGGACAGCUGUGACCAAAUGAGCUACCAGGAUGCUUGCCAAUGUUAAUUUCCUUUGCUUCAUUCUCGCAAAUAAAAAGACAA